UGCCACCUGCAGUGCCUCAGGGGACCCGCAUUACUACACGUUUGAUGGCAGAGUUCACCAUUUCAUGGGAAACUGCACUUACACCCUCUCCAAAGUCUGCAACGACUCCAGGGGGCUUCCACCCUUUGACGUGUCCACCACCAAUGAGCACAGGGGCUCCAAUACCAAAGUGUCCUAUGUAAAGUCCGUGCACGUGGAUGUCUAUGGAAGUCAGAUUUCCUUGCUGAAGAAAAGAAAAGUGAAUGUGAAUGGCACCAGAAGGAACCUGCCUGUGGUGAUUGAAAACAAGAUCAACGUCCAGAUCAGCGGGGGCUACGUGCUCUUGGAAACUGAUUUCGGACUCUGGGUCAGAUUUGACGGCAAUCACUAUGUGGAGGUCUCCGUGUCUGGUUGUUACAAGGGCCAGCUCUGUGGCCUGUGUGGUAAUUACAAUGGUGACGCAAAGGAUGACAACCUAAAGCCGAACGGCAGCACUGCAGGAGAUUCCACUGAGCUUGGAGAGAGCUGGCUGGUGGCAGAGAAUAACAGCAUGUAUGUACAGAGGGAAGCGAAUCAGUUGGUCUUUGCUACAAAAGCUCUCGGAAAGCGUGCUGCAUACUCAGCCACAGGGCGCCCAGCCAUGACUCCACCACCUAGUCUCCUCUAG